GUUAUUUUUCUUCAGACCUUGCUCAAAACGAGUUCAAAAUGAUUAAGGAAUUUCUUCAAAGUUUAGAAGAUCCAAACAGACCUCUUUUUGGUCCAAACUAUUGGCUUUUAAGUAAAAUUGGGAUGCUCCUUCCCAAAAACAGGAUUAAUAUAAUUUUAAAACUAAUGAUACACGCGAUUGGAACCUUGUUCGUAUUCACCCAGUACACGGAACUAUAUGUUAUAAGAUCAGACUUGGAUCUCGUCUUAACAAAUCUAAAGAUUUCUAUGCUAAGCAUCAUUUGUGUAAUUAAAGCAAAUACAUUUGUAUUUUGGCAAGGAAAUUGGCGUCAAGUCAUCGACUAUAUAACUGAAGCUGAUAAGUUCGAAAGGGAUAAUCAGGAUGAGGCUAAGGGACAUAUUAUCAACACUUACACCAAGUACUGUCGACGUGUAACUUAUUUCUAUUGGGUGUUGCUGUUUACCACCUCCAUUACUACUAUUAUUACACCAUUAAUGAAAUAUUGUUCAUCGGAGAAAUUUCAGGAAGGUUUUCACAACGGAACUGAACAAUUUCCCCACAUAUUCAGCUCAUGGAUGCCUUUUGAUAAAGAGAAUUCCCCAGGUUGCUGGAUCACUGUUAUGUGGCACAUCGGGAUAUGUGCUUAUGGGGCGACUGUAGUGGCUGCUUAUGACACUGGUGUCAUGGUGAUACUAGUGUGUUUUGGAGGAAAAUUAGAUCUGCUUCGUAUAAGAUGCAGAGAGAUGCUGGACACAGAAGGGAAAGGAGUAAGCGAUGAAAAUGCAGAUAAAGUGAUCCGAGAACUCCAUCGGAUUCAUGUCCUACUUCUGAAGCACUCCAGAUUGUUCAACUCGGUUUUGUCACCUGUGAUGUUUUGCUAUAUCGUCAUGUGCUCACUGAUGAUAUGUGCAAGUGCUUUUCAAUUAACCUCUGCAACAAGUACAACGGAAAAACUUUUGAUGGCAGAAUAUUUGAUAUUUAGCAUUGCUCAGCUGUUUUUGUUCUGUUGGCAUAGCAAUGAUGUUAUUGGCAAGAGUGAGGGUGUAAUGAUGGGGCCGUACGAGAGUGACUGGUCGGCAUCCAAUCUUAAACAGCGGAAAAAUGUUCUGAUUCUACAGGGGCAGAUGCGAAUCGUACACAUCUACACGGCGGGACCUUUCACUAACCUCACACUGUCUACAUUUGUUAAUAUUUUGAAAGGAGCUUACAGUUAUUAUACCAUACUUAGGAAAUAA